AUGAGCUUAUCGAGAUCGAUUCUCACAACGUUUUCCCUAUUUCUGUCAGUCAAUGCACUUACGUGUCCAUCAACGACUUUUCAAAUUCCGAAUGAAGCAGUUUGCUUGUAUCCAUUCCCAACACUUCUGAACUAUUUGGACGCAAUUCUGGCUUGCAACAGUGUUGGUGGAACGGUGGCAAAAGUGCAGAAUGUUUUCGAGAAUAAUCUCCUCUUUACGUACAGCAGCCAGUAUUUUAAUGUCUCCCAGCAGUUCAUCGGCGUUCAGCGAACGACGCUUGGCACGUACAUCUAUGAAGACAAUACACCGCUCACUUAUCAAAAUUGGGACCAAGAUGAACCAAAGAGCUCUGGAAACUGUGUCUUGUUGGACUCAUUAACAUUGAAGUGGAAAGCCACCGAUUGUGCUCAGCCUCGUCCUUUCUUCUGCACGAUUGGCGCUACAAAAUGCGACAAUGGAUGGUCGUAUUUCGCGAAAACCGACAGCUGUUACUACGUUCAGCCUUACACCGGUAGUAUCUACUCAUUCCAAGAAGCCGAAACUGCCUGUGUUAAUAUGGGUGUUGGGACUCAUCUCGUAUCGAUUCACUCGCUAGAGGAAGAUGAUUUUGUUUACAAUUUGGUGCCAAGAGCCAUCAUCGACAGUUCAUCAGACUGCGAGAAAGUUUACGUGUGGAUCGGUUUAAAUGGUGGAAAUGGGAAAAUCGGUAGCGGAGCCUGGACCGAUCAUUCGCCGGUCGAUUACGGACUUUGGCCAACCGGCAGUGGAUAUUGGGGAAUGCCCAAAGCAUCAACAGGAUCUCAAUAUUGUGACGGUCUACAAUACGAUUACUACAGUACCAUUCUCGGGCAUCAAUUUGGACGUUUUGUUUGUAAAAGAAGUGCCACA